GGUAACACAUUACACAACACAAACACCAUUAUCAUCACUUGGAACACUACAACAACCAUUACCAUAUAUAUCCAAUGUUGCACUCUCAGUGCCAACAACACCUUCUCUUCUCAAACCUCCCUAUCCCAUUAACAUUCACUCAUUAUAAACCCUCUCUGUCCCUUCCUUCACCACCACCAUCAUCAUCAUCAUCAAUAUCCCCUUUUCUUAAUUUUCUCCACAAACCCACUAUUCUUCACUCUGUUUCAGUUUCAGCCAUUCCUCCAACAAGUUCAUCAUGGACAUGGCUGACCCACCUCGCUGAACUCACCACUGCAACAGAGGAGGGUCCCAUUGAACUCCCAUUUUAUUCUACUCCUUCCAUUUUCGCUACCACCGAUGACCCUUCUCCAAUCCAAGUCGCUUCUAGUGUUCUCCUCACAGGUUCUAUCUCUGUCUUCCUCUUUCGCUCCCUCCGCCGCAGGGCUAAACGUGCCAAAGCAUUGCAAUUUAGGUCUUCAGGAGGAGAGAAGAAGUCAAUAAAGGAUGAAGCAUUGGAUAGCUUAAAAGCUUUAGGGUCAGCUCAAAUAGAGGCUAAGGGUCAACCAUCACCUGUUCAAGCAUUUCUUGGGGGAAUAUCAGCUGGAGUUAUUGCUCUUAUUCUCUAUAAGUUUGCCACUACCAUAGAGGCAUCUCUAAACCGACAAACAAUUUCAGAUAAUUUCUCUGUCCGCCAGAUAACAAUCACCAUAAGGACAAUAAUCAAUGGCUUGACCUACCUUGCUACAUUUGUUUUUGGCCUAAAUUCCCUUGGCUUAUUCCUUUAUUCUGGCAAGCUUGCCAUUGACUCCUUUAUGGGAGAUUCAACUGAAGAGGAAACUGAGAGAAAAAGCACUACUGAUCAGUCAAGUUUAUCAAAUUCAUCAGUUGAAAGUCCCACAAGUAACACUGAAUUGGGCAGCACGAAGGAAGAACAAAGUUCAAAUGAUGCACAAUAGUUACUAGAGGAAGUAUAGUGAAGUUACGGAGCUGUGUGGUGGUGAGCACAAAACGAACUCUUCUUUCGCCUUUUACUAAAGAAGUAUAGUGAAGUUAAGGUGGAGGAAUAGGUCAGCAAAUUUCAUCCACUUGUAGAAGUGAUAUAGUGUCCUUGAUAAUCUUUCACUUUUUGGGAGUAAUGUAGGUGCCAAGUGAUCUUUAAUGCACUUACUAGUCUCAAUGUUGAAUGUUUUGAAAGGCUUAUAGAAGCUAUAUUCUCCUGUUUUCUCCUUUACCCUUUCUGAACGCCAAAAUUAUGUCAGUUGAGUUGACUCAAUUUAUUGAAUGUAGCAGUUAAAACAAG